CUCCUCCAUUACAAUCGUACUCUAAUCCUUACCAUUUCUACUUAAUACAUGUAUUUCUAUGCCCUGUUUUUACAUUACAAGAAAGAGCUAUGUUUUCAUGGAUUCUAUAUGUAUUUGAAUGCCUAUGUAAGGCACUGUGGAUCAAUGUGUGUAUUUUACUGUGUAUGAGUUUUGUUUACAUUUUUAUAAAAAAAUGAUUAUGUUUUGUAAUUUUUGCCUCUUCUUCUUGGGAUUGAUUAGAUUUGCUCUUUAGAACGAUAGAUCUAGGAUUGUGUUGGAGGAUGAGUUCAAGAAAAGGGGCCGCAAACCCUUUUGUUGCUGGUGGCAUUAACAACCCAUCAUCCAAGGGUAAAGAUGUAUCUGGAGUCUCUAGCCCCAAGGUUGAGCAGUUAAGCCAGGGUGUAGCAGACAUGAACUUGGAUUCUGCACAGGAUGAUGGUUGGUGGGAGGUUAUCCAGAGGAAGCCCAAGAAUAGAGCUGGAAGUAGUGCUGCAAGACCCUGGGGUGCUCAAACUUCCAAUCCUAAACCACAGGGAGGCAUGCGGCCUAAUUCUGGAUCAGGAAGAGCCACUGGCAAUGCGUGGGCUACACAUAAUAGUGAUUCUAGGAUGGCAACUGGCAGAGGGAAUGCUAGGCCCCAAACAUUCAACAGUAGUUUCCAGAACAACCAUGUGCCUGCACAUCCCUUCAUUCGUCCACCUCUUGAGCAUGGAUGGAAUUGGCAAUCCAGAGCUGGUUCCAAUCCAUCUAAGGGUUUACGUGAUGAUUGUGGGAAAGACAAUGUUAACACUGAGGUUGAAAAGGACAAUGAUAUUGAUGAUGUAGAGGAUGACUCAGAUGAUGAUGCUGUUGAUGAUUCUGAUGAUGAACUUCUGACCGAUGACUUUGGUUCAGAUUCAAGUCAAAAGAGCCAGGAGACAAGAAAACAGAACAGAUGGUUUAAGAAAUUUUUCGAGGGUUUAGAUAGCAUGAGUAUUGAGGAGAUCAAUGACCCAGCAAGGCAGUGGCACUGCCCAGCAUGCCAUGGUGGUCCUGGUGCUAUUGACUGGUAUCGAGGCCUUCAGCCUCUAGUGACACAUGCAAAAACAAAAGGAGCAAAAAGGGUGAAACUCCAUCGAGAACUUGCUGAACUCUUGGAUGAGGAGUUGCAUAGAAGGGGUGUUUUAGUUAUUCCUGCUGGUGAAGCUUUUGGGAAAUGGAGGGGUUUAAAAGAUGAAGAAAAAGAUUAUGAAAUAGUUUGGCCACCUAUGGUCAUGAUAAUGAACACAAGGCUUGAACAAGAUGAGAAUGAUAAGUGGAUUGGUAUGGGAAACCAAGAGCUUCUUGAAUAUUUCAGCUCAUAUGCUGCUGUGAAGGCUCGCCACUCAUAUGGUCCGCAGGGGCAUCGUGGGAUGAGUGUUCUGAUUUUUGAGAGCACAGGAAGGGGUUAUUUAGAAGCUGAGCGAUUGCAUAAGCAUUUUGCUGAGCAAGGAACAGAUAAAGAGGCUUGGGAACACCAUCGGGUCUUAUUUCAUCCAGGUGGGAAGCGCCAACUUUAUGGUUACCUGGCUAUGAAGGAAGACCUGGACAGCUUCAACCAGCAUUCUCAAGGCAAAUCUAGGCUCAAAUUUGAGAUGAGAUCCUAUCAAGAGAUGGUUGUUAAGCAAAUCAGGCAAAUGAGUGAGGACAACCAGCAGCUUAUUUUUUACAAGAACAAGGUUGCUAAAGAGCAAAAGCUAAAAAGUGCUCUUGAAGAAUCUUUUGGAUUUGUGAGUGAGAAGCUCCGGCAGACAAUGGAGGAGAACAGGAUUGUAAGACAAAGAACCAAAAUGCAGCACGAACAGAACAAAGAAGAGAUGGAUUUCCAAGAGCAAUUCUUCAAGGAACAAAUCAAAUUUAUCCAUGAAGCAAGAGAUGAGAAGGAAGAGAAUUUUGAGAAGCUGCAGCAGCAACAGCGUGAGAAGGUCAAGCAAUCUAACCCUAAUCCUUCAAAUACAGAGGAAUACAGGCGAAGGGCGGAUGAAAUAGCAAAAUUCAUAAAGUUCCAGGACGAAGAGAUGGAGGCUUUUGUAGGUGAGAGGGACAAGCUGAUUAAAGCACAUGAAGAGAAGAUGGCUGCUAUGAGACAGAGGCAUUGGCAGGAAGAAGUUGAGCUUGAAAAGGUGUUUGAUACUGAAUUGAGCCACCUCAUGGAGAAGUAUACUCCGGAUACUUCAAAAGUCAGCACUGGCGAUGCUUGAUUUUACAACGGUAUAUAGGAUAGUGGCAAAGACAUGAGUCCUCCGGUUUCCUCAUCAACUUUUUUGAGACAAUACUGAAAUUUUCUCCUCUGAGUUAUAAAGUCUCAGAGUGUUAAAAGAUUGGAAUAUUUGAGUAAAAAAGGUAAAAAAUAGUUAAUUUAAGCUUGCAUCUAUGGUUGAUUUGUUAUAUUUGUGGUGUUUGCUUUGACAUUGUUCAUAUCAAAAAUUUGAGUUGGUCUUCGGUUU